AUUUAAAAUUAUCGCACUGACUCUUAUCGGCAGUCUCCACGCGAGUUUAUUUUCGUUCUUAAUGUAUUAAAAAUUUGUAAAUAGUACUCAUCGAAUUGACGAAACUUUGGCAUUAAACAACUAACCCGGAAGCGAUGAGUACGAUUCUUGAGAAAAUUGCGGCCAUCGAGUCGGAGAUGGCACGCACGCAAAAGAAUAAGGCAACGUCUGCCCAUUUGGGUUUACUGAAAGCCAAGCUUGCUAAGCUCCGACGUGAGCUUAUCUCGCCAAAGGGCGGCGGCGGCGGCACCGGCGAAGCCGGCUUUGAGGUGGCCAAGACGGGAGAUGCGCGGGUGGGCUUCGUUGGCUUUCCCUCGGUGGGGAAGUCGACGUUAUUAUCGAAUUUGGCUGGCGUUUACUCUGAGGUAGCCGCAUACGAGUUCACAACGCUCACCACUGUGCCGGGUUGCAUUAAGUAUAAGGGAGCCAAGAUACAGUUGCUUGAUUUGCCUGGUAUUAUUGAGGGCGCGAAGGAUGGCAAAGGUCGUGGUCGCCAGGUGAUUGCUGUGGCGCGAACAUGUAAUUUGAUCUUCAUGGUGCUGGAUUGUCUGAAACCAUUGGGCCAUAAAAAAUUGCUGGAGCAUGAAUUGGAAGGCUUUGGCAUUCGAUUGAAUAAGAAGCCUCCAAACAUUUACUACAAAAGAAAGGACAAGGGUGGCAUUAAUCUCAACUGCAUGGUGCCCCAAUCAGAGCUGGAUGCGGAUCUGGUCAAGACCAUAUUGUCGGAGUACAAGAUACACAAUGCUGACAUCACAUUACGUUAUGAUGCAACUAGUGACGAUCUGAUUGAUGUCAUUGAGGGCAAUCGCAUUUACAUACCGUGUAUUUAUCUGCUGAAUAAGAUUGAUCAAAUUUCAAUUGAGGAGCUGGAUGUGAUCUAUAAGAUACCGCAUUGUGUACCCAUAUCAGCGCAUCAUCAUUGGAACUUCGACGAUUUGCUUGAGCUGAUGUGGGAGUACUUGAAGUUGGUGCGAAUUUAUACCAAGCCCAAGGGUCAGCUGCCCGAUUACAACUCUCCGGUCGUCUUGCACAAUGAACGCACAAGCAUCGAGGACUUUUGUAAUAAGCUGCAUCGAUCUAUUGCCAAGGAAUUCAAAUAUGCGCUGGUCUGGGGAUCAUCGGUUAAACAUCAACCGCAAAAGGUGGGCAUUGAGCAUGUACUGAAUGACGAGGAUGUGGUGCAAAUUGUGAAAAAGGUCUAGGGCCUCUUAUUAUAUAAAUAUAUAUUUUGGAUUUUAA